AUGGCGCUUUUAGUUCCGUCACCGGAGAUUUUAUCUCUCGUCGGCGCCGGAAGUCCGGCAAGAAUCUAUCUCCGUAAAAGGAAAAUUGAAAUUAGGGUUAGUAAGAAGAGAAAAGCAGAGACAGUGAGGCCUAUGGUUAGACCGACAUGGUUGUCGUUGACGUCGUUGAACUCGAAGUUCGGGACGGUGUCUAACUCGAUGGCGAACACGUGGUUGGAGGCGUUGCCGACGAUUGUGGAGUUGAAGAGACCGAGGUACUCCCAGCCAGAGGGGAGGUCGCUUGAUGGAGAAAUAUACUGCAAAUAUACUGAAACGGAAAUCAUUGAAUUCGAAAGUUAA